UAGGGGUUGAAAACCUGCCCUCCCUGCUGCUUAGACUGUGAGCCUCAUGUGGGAUGGGCUGUGUCUGAUGUUCAUAUUACUGUACCCGCCCCAGCGCUUAGUACAGUGCCUGGCACAUAGUAAGGGUUUAACAAAUAGCCUAAAAAAAUUUUUAAAGUUACCCAUUUACCACAGUUGUGUAUCUACCCAGUUUGCUUAAGUGGAAAAGUCGUUUUGAAGAUGGUCAAUUAUAAAGUCCCAAGUCUUCCAUGAACUGGAUCUUUUCACAGAAAUAAAUUCAUUCAUUCCAUUGUCUGGAUUGGGUGGUUGCACGGAAGAAGAUGAAGCUGUCCAAAAGAAAGUCUGGAGAGUAAAGAUUUCUCCACCUAACAAUAAAGACUCCCAGUGUAGGUGACCAUAUCUUCCAUGGCUGGGUAAUAUAUCGUAAUAAUAAGACACCAAUUUAUAGAGAGAGUGAGGAGACUGCAGAAGGCACCAUUUGUUUAAUAAUAGUCUCUGAUGAGGGUAUUGUCGUCUCAUAAUUCCCGGAAAUUGGCAUGUCCAGGACACGAGGUGAAGUGCAGAACGGCUAAUGGACGUACGUUAACCGAUGUCAGACGAGAGCAAUUUCUGCUGGAACAGAUGUUAACAUUAUAAAUCUUGAGCACUGGAGAAGAAUAAAGGUGUUUCAUUUAUCUUUAGGAGAAGGUGAAUAAACAGCUAACUAGUAGUGCCAAGCAAACAAAAGAAAGUGGGUUGUAGUCUAGAAAUGUCUUCCGGACACUGGGCCUGUCAGAAGAACUUUUGUGAGUCAAAACCUGGUGGGCAGGCAUGUCUCAUCCUGGAAACCCAGCAGAGAAUUUACAGGCGUAGCUACGUUCUCCACUCCGUUCCCCGCUAACGGACGAGCCAUGCUAUGCACCCAGCCCGUCCGCCUGUAGGACUCAGUGAACCCCGCGGGUGCCCGAUGCCUGUAAUUCCCAUACCCCGGCGUGUCCGGUCUUUCCAUGGCCCCCACACCACAUGCCUGCACUCUGCCUGUGGGCCGGUAAGGACCACUCACUUAGUGCGCACCAAGUACAACAACUUCGACAUCUACCUGAAAUCUCGGUGGAUGUAUGGAUUUAUCCGCUUCUUGCUGUACUUCAGCUGCAGCUUGUUUACCUCCAUCCUCUGGGUGGCUCUCUCCAUCCUGUUUUGCCUCCAGUACCUUGGCAUCCGCAUCUUUCUGCGUUUCCAGUACAAGCUGUCUGUCAUCCUCCUCCUGCUGGGGCGAAGGCGGGUUGAUUUCAGCCUGAUGAAUGAGCUGCUCAUUUAUGGAAUCCACGUGACCAUGCUGCUGGUCGGGGGACUGGGCUGGUGUUUUAUGGUCUUUGUGGACAUGUGACCAGAGCGAAGGGAAACAGGUCCGGACAGCCGGGACCGACCGACCGACUGUCUGCCGUCUGAAUACCCGUCUCUCCCUUUCGUUUUAUUUAUUUAUUUAUGACCGAUCUAUGUAUAUGCAGUAUGUGUCUCUUUCUUCUUC